GUUAUGCACGCCCUUUAUCCAUGUCGAUCACGUCCCGUGCUCUAGGUUAAUCACACCUCUUUUCACUAGUUGACUUUUAUAAUCGAAAUCGUUUUACGGUGGUUGUACGUCAUGCCUUGAAGUCUUAUGUGUUUUGUGUUUUGUGCCUUGAAGGGUUGGGAGUUGAAAUUCAGUUUUUGUUUUGCUUUUUCCUUUAUCAAUAAUUUUUUUAGGAGUUUGGAAUGUAUAUGAUUUCUCAAAUUCGGGAAAGCGUUGAUGGUAUCGAGCUCACUAUAAAAUGAGUAGGUGAUUAGUUCUUGAACUAGGAAAUGUAUACUCAAUCAGAAUUCAACAUUGCUAUUGAGAAGGAAAAUGACCAAUAACGAGUUUCAUUUUCUGUUGAAAUGAAUCAAAUAUUGAUAAACAAAACGAUCAAUUCAUAACUACAAGUUAUAUGAAGGCAUGGAGCAUAGCACCGCAGAUGAAACAAGCAGAUCUAGUAGAGACAAUAGCAUAAAAGACCUACGUACUUCCCAAUCUAGCCUAAAGAGUACAAAAAGCAUAGACAAGUCUAGCACAAGUGGCAGUUUCAAAGAAAAGAAUGCAAUACAGUUUAAGGCAGAGGUAAUAGAACAUGAGUUGGACAAUCAAAAGCUCCCCAGUGAUGCUUCAUUGAAAGUGCCUCAUAAAAUUAUAGCAAACUGGAGAUCAGCAUGUGAUAAGACGAGAGAUAAAACCAAAGAUUUGUUAAAAAGAUGGAGAACACUACCUGAAAUUGAAGCUGAGAACCUUAAACAAAAUGGACAUACUUUGGAGAAGACAGAUAGCCAACAGGAAAAAUGUAGUUGGAGUGUACAUGUUUGGACAACGUGGGUAGAUAGAUUCAGUGUUGAUUCUGGAGAAGGGACAUCAGAAAUAUGUUCUUAUCAGUUAUCUUUGACACAGAUCACCAAAUUUUCACAUUUCUUCAGCUGUCUUCUGGACCAUGAUCAGGAUAACUUAAUUAGUGAACAAGACUUUGAAAGCCUCAUCGAGAGAUUUCGGCAUUUUGCUGACUGGUCAAUCAACUCCCCAGAAUAUCAUAUUUUACGGGAGAUUGAAAGAGGUUUUAAAGAGACCUUCUUAACAGACAUAUCAAAUGACAGAAUGGGAUUCACGUUGAAUGAUGUGUCUUAUCUAACUAAAGAAGGGUUCCUGCACAAAUGGUCAGAAUUAAUGGUUGGAUCAAAAAACCUAUCAGACUUUCCUAUAUGGCUCCAGGUGUUUGUUAAACUUUUAUUUCAAGUCAUCAACAAAUCUGGUAGCGGGAUUAUCACAAGACAUGAACUGUGUUCUUUCUAUUCUUCUGCAUUAGGGUUAAAUUCAAUAAAAGUAGGAGAAAUCAUAGACUUGGCAUAUCAAGCCAUGACCUCAAAUGGCGACCACCCGCUUCACUUUAACUCGUACAGGUUAUGUUUCUCGAAUUAUCUACUGGGUAGGCACCCCAAUGGCCCAGGUGAACAUCUUUUAGGAGCCCCGGCGAAUGCAGCAUCAUCCAUAAUGUUUCCUAUCGACUAUUCAGCACUGAAUGCCGACCCUGAAGAUUUAGAACAAUAUGCGCCAGACCAGAAAUCUAAUAGACGCAGCGUGAUAGUUUGAUAACAUAUUCUGUGAUAACUUGUUCUAUUCUGGCAGUAGAGGCAGAGAAGAAGAUAGCACACAGGCUGUUUAUAAAAACGCGUACGUCUUAACACAAAACGUCUCUAUGACGUCAAGUGCUCACGUCCAUUACACGUCACCAAAUGAUUUUAAGAAGACGUCAUUAUUACGUACUUGUAGUUUAAAAAAUAUUUAAUUGUUUGUCCUCUAUUUGUAUUUGAAAUAUAUAAGAAUGACUGCCAUAGGAUGACUACCCAAUAUAAUUUUGCACUAUUAUGUUAUAUCGUCGUCUGAUGAGUUCCUGCAGAAACUGCAGCCAAAAUACGUAAAAGCGGAUGAUCUAAAUGUAUUUAUACUAGAAAAUAGGACAUAUUUUUUUGUUAUUAGUUAACCUGAGUAAAGAGGUUGAAUUUUGAAGGUACAUCGAGCUUUAAAGAUAGAAAUGUAUAUAAAAAGGUUUGACACAAGGUCAAUUCAGGCAAAUUUGAUUAUAGUGGGUAUUUUCCAAACGUGACCUUCACUUUUAUUACACAAUGUACUUAACACGAUGUAUAACGUAAACAUAAUAUCUAUAACCAAUUUGCAGUUAGGUUGACUUUAAAAACAAAAACACCAAAUAUUGAUCUCUAAUGUAAAACAUAUAUAACAGUUCUUGACUAGCUAUCCCUGAACAUGUUAUCCAUACUUUAUACCUUUUUUGAGUUCUAUACUUUUAAAUAAUUUUUAUGUGCACAAUAUGAUGCUAAGUCCUAGGGAUUAAACACAAGUGCACCUUUACAUGACUAUCAAAUUCUAAAUACUAUGUGAUAUUAAGGGUUUUAAUAGAUACCAUAUCAGUUGAAACUUAUGUUGUUGAAGUUGAGUUGCUCGAUUUUUAGUAAAAAAUAUAAAUCAUGUUAGAUAAAAGUAACUCAAGUCAGUCCACGCUACAGAAAAAAGGACUCUACUGACUAUUACGACGCUAGAUCUACAUUUAUGAAUAUUGUCAAUUUUGCACUAGUCCUGUGAUAAAAAACCUAUCAUGCAGUGGGAUAACUUGACUUACUGUUAAAUAACUGAUGGUUAAAAUGAAAGUUAGUUGAGUAAUCAUGCUACAACAAAUAACACUAUUAUUGAGUCAGGUUUUAUUUUAUUCUACUAAUCGAUUGUAUGAUAGAAAAGUCUCACCAAGUAAGAAAAGGUACAUACGUGGUUAAGUUAUUUCAUCAGAUUUACUGCAACGGCGAAAAGCUGGUUCUAGUGUUUUACUAUUAACAUAAUUUUUUUAUAUAAUAUUCAUUUGUUGUAGUAUGUACUAAAUAAAUAUUUUAUCUUAAAAAAAACUCAAAUUACAUUUUCUUUGCACUAUGAUAACACCAAAUACAAUAUACUUAGGCACUGAUCUACUUUGUUGACUAUUCAUUAAGCAAAUGGAAUUGUUAGAUAUUGCAAUUAGUAGGUUUAUAAGCUCUUUAAUUUACAUAAAGGAAGGGCACAAUUUGUAUACCUAUAGACAGAAAUCUUGUAAUCUGACGCACUAAAACGCAAUAAAUUAUACUACUUGCUCAUUUUAUUGUUUCCUUCCCUCCCUAUCCUACAAAAUCUGUGUGAU